AUGGACUCCCCUAUUUUAGUUCCAGAAGCAACCCCAAAUGAUUAUGUCUCUAUUACUCACAAAUCAAGCACAGCUUCCUUGAGUACCAUGUCCGACAUAACAGAUCUAUUUCCUAGUCGUGGGUAUCCACUUAUCGAUACCAUUAUUGCCACACCACUAGGUGAGUUGGAAGCUGCCUCCGCCCAAGCUGAAGAUUUUGAAGCUGUUAGAGACCAUGCUGAACGGAUUGCAAAAAGCCUUGUUCGACGCCUUGAACCUCUCAGAACUCUUGGAACGUUUGACAGACACAUUCCCCAGUGGUCUGAUGAAAUCAAUCUGUUCUUUGGGGACCACCCCGAUAUUCGUGAUGCCUAUGAAAGUAAGUCAUGUGAUCCUACCUACUAUGUAUUCCUCAAAGAAAGCUUCCCGUUUUGGAUCAAGUCCUUUGAUCAGGAGGUAAUUCUUUCCUUACACCAAAAGAAUAAAUUGAGGCACAAUUUCGAUCAACGAAGCUUCAAAGAAGUAUGGCAAUACAUAAAAGCAAACGAAGUGAAGAUCCAUGAAUUCAAGAUUCAGCGGGUAUUGAGGGAUUUAAUGAAGAAACACCCUGCUGACUGGUUACAUUACGAACAAGGUACGUGCUUCAGACGUGAGUAUAAAGACUAUCUUGAAUUUCUUGACAAUCAUGGAUGUUUGCUUAUACAGCUAUACUGGGGCUUAAGUUUGCAGAAUAAGAGAGCCUUAGUGAAUAUCCUUGCUCAAAACUACCAGAACAACAUGGUUCUUCGUUACAAAGACAUCUCUAAUGUAUUGAGUUGUCAUGAAGAUUUCAAGAAGCCCCGUAACUGGGAUUAA